AUGGGUAGCAAUCAAAAAAGUACUUAUUCAUUCAAGUUCAGGAAUCCAAAGCUAGGUUUGAUUAAGGGGUUGAUCUCAGAUGUGAAAAAAAUCAGAAGGAACAACUUUUGUGUUGAGUAUGGUGACCUGUUAACUAUCAUGAACACCGAGGUGGAUGCUUGGGCCAUUUUCACUUUGGCACAAUUCUAUGAUCCUCCCUUGCGGUGUUUCACAUUCCAGGACUUCCAGUUGGCGCCAACAUUGGAAGAGUUCUCACAUAUAGCAAACAUUGGUAUCAAGGAUGAAGUCCCUUACACCGGUCUAGGGGAAUUUCCUACACAUCAACAAAUAGGUUCAGCUAUACGUCUAGAUAAAGCGGAAGUGAAAGCUAAUCUUGGACCAAAAGGAGGCACUUCAGGUUUCACUUUGAAGUUCUUAGUGGGAAAAGCUUCAGAUUUCAAAAGUAAAGAAGAUUGGGUCGCUUUCAAUGCUGUGUUAGCCUUGAUACUCUAUGGGAUUGUCUUGUUCCUGAACAUUGAUGACUUCGUGGACAUGACUGCUAUACGCAUUUUCUUGCUCAAGAAUCCCAUUCCCACCUUGCUUGCAGAUGUUUAUCACUCUAUCCAUUGGAGAAAUGAGAAGAAGGGGGGGAUGAUCCAGUGUUGCGCUCCUUUACUGUAUAAAUGGUUCUUAUCUCACUUACCAAGCGAAGGGCCUUUUAUUCAGAACAAGGAUAAUCUCAAGUGGUCUCAAAAAAUCAUGUCUCUCACUGCCAAUGACAUCACCUGGUACUCUCGUGUUUAUGAUGAUGUGGACAUAAUCGUCAAAUGUGGCAACUUCCAUAAUGUGCCACUCAUAGGAACUCGAGGUUGCAUCAAUUACAAUCCUGAGCUUGCUAUGCGGCAACUUGGGUUUCCUAUGAAUGACAAACCAGAAGACAAGUUGUUAGAAGGUUUCUUGCUAGGAGAAGGAGUGAAGGACUUUGAUCUGGUGAAGAGGAUAGGUCGUGCCUGGACUAAAGUUCGUAGAGAAGGAAAAAGGGAGCGUGGAAAGAAGAAUUGUAUAGCUAGAGGGCCAUAUACAAGUUGGGUCCAAGCCAGAGCUUCUCAAGACAAACUACCAUACCCUUAUGAGCCUCCAAUGCAUACAAAUCCUCCAGAACCUACUCACGUCACUAUGGAGGAAGCUAAAGAGCUCAAAAAAACACAACUUCAAGCAAAUGUGGAAAGGACUGAUAAGGAGGAAUAUAAGAGAAAAAGAGUCAAACAGGGGUUAGAUCAGGCUGAGAGCUGCUUGAAUACCGUCAAAAGCCAACUGAAAGAGGCUGAGAGGGAUUGUCGUGAGAAAGAGAAAUGGUGGAAGCUCGCCACAAAACAAAAAAAGGAGAUAAGAGAGACGCUUGAGGUUGAGAUAGCCAACCUCAAUGUUUCACUCUUUGAAUCAAAAGAAAGGGAAGAACGAGAACGCCGCAGUAAAGAGAGUGCUAUGGCUGCUACUCAGGUUACACCUGAAAUGUGGAAUGGAAAGUGCCAGGAGGUUGAAAAUGCUAAUGAGUGGGAACGAUACUGGAGAGGCCGACAUGACUCUUUGCUACAAGAAGGUGAAGAUUGGAUGAACGCAAGAGAAAAUGUGAAUGCUAGUUUGGCAGCCUGCGAGGAAACCAUCCAGUUUUUACAUGAACAAAGAAAUGAGUAUCGAGACAAGUUUGCCAGUUUGAUAGACUUCUGUAAUGGCAUGGCUACAAAUGUGCCUUUGAUGUUAAGAUGUGCUUUGGAAGACAUAGACAAUGACAACAUCCCUCGUUCAGUGACUGAAUUUAUUUAUCUUUGUGAAGACAUGAUAAAAAGGUUCAAAGGAGAGUUGGAAGAUCUCAACAAACAGAAGCCUGCAGUUUGA